AUGAAGCUCUCUGCUAUCAGCCUUGGUGUCGUCCUGGCCAGCCAGGCCUCAGGCUUCUUCUUCAAACCUAUCCCACUACCUCUGUUCAAACCUAUCCCGCUCUGGUCCAUCCCUAUCCGUGGCGGUAUCGGUGGUGGUGGUGGUGGUGGUGGUGGCAGCCCGCCUGCUCCUCAGUCUUGCCCUGCCCCCAUCUGCCCUGCCCCUACUUGUCCUGCGCCAUCUUGUCCUCCGCCGUCUUGCCCUCCACCUUCAUGCCCUGCCCCUACUUGUCCUAUGCCUGUUUGCCCCGUGCCUCCAAACUGUGCGGCUGUCGCCAACUGCGAGUCAAAUUCCGGCAUGUCAAAGAUGAAGAACGGCCUACAACCUGACAAGCACCAUAAAGUGCGGCUGGAGGAGGGCUAAAUUGCCAUUGCGUCUAUAAGCUAUGCGUGUUGCUGAUUGUCACUGCAUGGAAGGGGACGGGAAGGGGGAUGCAAGGACUUGGAAGUUGGAGCGGCGGGUGAAAUAUGCAGCUUAAGGUGCUCGAUUGAAUUUGUGAGAGAGACAUCGUUUUAUAAUCUGUCGUAGGUACUGAUGGGCUAAGAGGAUCAAUUGAGCGCUUGAUUUUCUAGGUAAA